AUGGUCAAGGUCAUGGUCAUGGACAUGGAAGUGGACGUGGGCCUGUCUGGCUGGCUGGCUGGCUGCAACAUGAGAUGGCAUUCUCGGGCGCACACUCAUGCUCACACCACUUUCUUCCUUGACAAGUUGACACUGCCAUUCAGCAACAAGCGCAAGCGCCAGGCGCGGUGA